AUCCCAGAAACCCAACCCAUGUUGCACCAUUUUCUGGGGGACUCCCCAAUGUUUUGGGGGACACUCUGGGGAAAGAGCUCAUUGAGGAACCCUCCAUGCCAGAACCCCUUCCAGCACCUUGCAUGACCAAUGACAUCCUGGGCAAAGUGCUCAUUGAGGAACCCUCCUUGCCAGAACCCCUUCCAGCACCUCACAUCACCAACGACAUCCUGGAGGAAGAGCUCAUUGAGGAAACCUCAAUGCCAGAACCCCUUCCAACACUUUGCAUCACCAAUGACCUACUGGGGAAAGUGCUCAUUGAGGAUACCUCAGUGCCAGGUCCUUCCAUCCUCACAGACACUCCAAAGGAAGCAGCUUCUGUGUCAGAACCCUUACUAGAGCCUUCCAUUGCUUAUAAUUAUCUACAGCAAGAAGUAGAACUCAUCAAAGGGUUACAGCAUGACUAUGUCCAGCAGCAACUGAGGGUUUGCCGCAUUUACCAACAUUUCCCUCAUUCUCUCCGGGCCAUCAACCUGCAAAUUGGACACAUGUGGACAAGGCUCAACCGCAAUGAAGUUCAGCUGCAGUGGUGGGAAAGGGAAGAUGUUCCUGCAGGCCCUGCUGCACUUCUCCAGCCCUCAGGGUCGGAUUCAUCAUUGUCCUCUGCCUCCCUUGAGGUUGCCUCCAUCCCACCCUCCACCUCCACCUCUUCCCUCCUCCUGCAUCCCUCUCCACCUCCUCCUCCUUCCCCACCUCCUCUGGAGCCGGACCUCAGCAAUGUGAAGGAAACUCUGCAGAGUUUGGCAGAGAUGCAGGUCCAUCAGCUGCGUGACCGCCAAAGAGACCUCCACAGCUGCCAGGAAUGCUUACAAAGCUUCAAGGCACUGAGGGGACAGUUGAGGCGGCUAAGGAGCAGACUGGCCAGGGUAGAAGCCACUAUGGGGAUCGUGGUUCCUCCAAGGGAGCUGGACGUUGCUGAGGAAGAAGGGGAAGGCAAAUUAAAAGAGACAACUGUGCUACUAUUUACAUAAGUAGCAAUAAAAUGCUGUGUAUAUAUUUUUAAAAAAUUAAAUAUUUGUUUUAAUAGAAUGUAGAGAUAGAACAGCAAUAAAACUAGAAUAUUUAUUGUUUA